UUCUACCUGUGUAAUUAGUCGCAGCAAUCAGCGUGAAAAACACCAUGAAAAGCCAACAGGCAGCGAUCAAAUUCACAAAUACUUUGCUAUUUUCAAAAUACGAACUAACAACCACUGGCUUAUUGGCAGUUCGGCGUUAACGUUUUUGAAAUAUGUCGAUUUGAAAACAACAUCAAACAUUCAGUCAAUUCUAAGCACUACCAAGAAGCGGUCCUCGAAAGCGGGAAAAACUCUCGGCGUUGAAAAACGAACCAUUUUGAAUACAGAUUUUCAAUUAAAGUUUACUAAAAAUAGCCAACAAAAAACCAAACCCCAAAUCCAAUUUAAAAUGUCUCAAUUAACAGUUAGUCGAACAACUGCGACGCAAACAAAUCUCAUUUUAAUUGCCAUAAUUUUGUGCAAUUUUAACGGUCCGGCAAACGGUCAAAGCAUUCUCGAACGUUUUCGACCCAACUCGAAUAUAACGGCCAACGUCAAUGAUGAACAAGUGAAAAUAAUAUCCGGCACCAAAGUGAAACGUUACGAACGCCUAACUGUACCCAUAAAUGCUGGCACCCUAAAUCUCUUGCAACCCCAUCCACCGUAUGUGGGUUUGGCCUAUGUACGUACGCCACCAACAUCUACAUCAUCUUUUGUAUAUUUUCCUAAAUUAAGGAAUUAUGUGGUAACACACUGGCCCUUUUAUCCGCCGAGGGUAGCGCCAAAUUGGCAGGCGGGAGCUAAAUUAACCGGCGAAGGUAUCGAAGGUAUGAUUACGUUUCAGCAGUUGCCCUACAACAAUGACAUAAAGGUGACAUUAAAUGCCACUGGACUGCCGGAGGGAAAACAUGCGCUGCACAUCCACACCUAUGGUGAUUUGAGUGAUGAUUGUAAAGCAACUGGUGGACAAUUUCCAAAUAAUUUUUUGGGCAACAUUGAUGUCAAGGAGGGUGGUGAGGUGAAUGUGGCCUUUAUUAGCAUUUAUUUGACAUUGUUUGGUUACAAUGGCAUUGUUGGCCGUUCCGUGGUCAUCCAUGAGAAACCCAUCGACAUUAAUAGCGCCUUAAAUGCCGAGGUAUUUUCAUCACCCAUUCACCCCAUACCCACUGUCAAUCAGGUCUAUCAAAAUGAGGAAAAUUCGGUGGGCGCCUCGAUUGCAUGUGGCAUCAUUAGCAUCAUGAGUUCACCCAUACCAACUGUAAAUAAAAAAUAAGAAGAAGGAAUCGCAAAUAUUUUAUAAAUAUGUAU